AUGUGGCAAGACCUCUAUGACAUAUUUCACCAAACCAAUGGCCCUAAGGUUUCCCAACUCAAACAAUCUAUUUCAAAUCUUCAAAAAGGCGAGCUUGAUGUUACUACAUAUUUUACUAAUCUCAAAGCCCACUGGGAAGAGCUUAGUGAUUUUAGACCCAUUACAGUUUGUGUUUAUGGUGGCAGCAAAGAAACCUCUUACUACCAACACCAAGAUUAUCUCUUACACUUCCUCGUGGGGCUGAAUGAGUCCUACACCCAUGUUCGUGCUCAAAUCUUGAUGAUGAAUCCUCUUCCUCUCAUCGACAAAGCUUUCUCCUUGGUUAUUCAAGAAGAUAAGCAAUGUGGUCUACCUUUCAUGACUAUCCCUAUACCUGCUCCUGUCAAUGGUAACAAGAAUUACCCCAAGAAACCCUUACUUUGCACUCACUUUGGCCUCCAUAAUCACAACAAGGACCAGUGUUAUAAACUCCAUGACUUCCCUCUUGGUUGGAAACCAAAAUUCAAGGAUGGUACAACAAAGAACAACAACAAUGGCAGUGUAUCUCAUAUCUCAGAAACUCCUGCUCCAAGUGCCCCAUUCACUCCAGCUCAAUGUCAACAACUUAUGACAUUUUUGGCUAAUCAACUUCAAGCUUAA